AUGGGAGUUAUUACAAGUUUCAUCAUCAUUUGGUAUGGAGUCAUUUUUGGAAACCUUGAUUGGAUUAGUGACAUUGCCUAUUAUGGUAAUACUGAUUUUGUAGAAAAAGGUACCAAAAAUGCAUGCGUGGCAUUUAUUCUCCUGCAGCCAAUGUUUUACAUGUUCUUGUUUAUUAUUUACAUGCUAGCGAAUCCCAAAAUUGAUGAUAAUAAAGAGCGAGCAAAGAUGCUACUUAUAUCACCUGUCUAUGCUCUAUUGCAAUAUACAAAAGUUCUGACUAUCAAUGAAUUUAUUCAUGCAAAAUUUAUGAAUACUUUCAAGCUCAACGAUAAUAUUAAGUUGUUAACAAUCGAAAAUUGCUUUAGAGUUUAGAUAGUCUCAGAAUUUGUUUUAUAAACCUUGCCUCAAAUGAUAAUAUAGUCAAAUUACAAUAACCAGUAUGGCUGGAGUGGAGCAGCUAAUUUCUCAUUUGCAAUGAUUAUUUUCCUGUUUAUUAAGGAUGUUACAAUAUUGACUCUCUUUACAGUGAGGAAAUUUAUUGAUGGUACCAGCAAUCCAGAACUCAGACCCACUUUCAAAGGUUAGAUAUUCAGUAAAAUUCAAAGAGAAACUUCAUUGAACAUUAAAAAUUACUUGAUGGAUCCUAAUAAUGAUGGAGUAGAUGAUGAGGGUAAUACCACAAUGCAUCAACUCAACAAGUUUGAAUAGAUCUAAGAAUUAGAUGUUCACAUUGCAAACACUCCUCAUCUAUUAUUUAUGCUAAACAAAUCUGGACUUACACCAUUAGACGUUGCUAUUAACAUUAAAGAUGAUGAGAAAGCAAAGUUAUUCAUUGAUAGAAUGCAUAAAUAUAACCCUAAUUGUAGUUUAAAAUUUGUACAGAGGCCACAUAGACUGGAUUUAAGAUUUGAAAAAUCUUUCACAUUGGCUGUUCUUAGAAAUAACAUUGAAAUCAUAGAUAGUAUACCUCCUAAGACUGUGAGGACUGUGCAAGUUGGCAUGAGUUAGGUAAAAGACUAUAAAAGAUACAAAGAUGAGAAAUCAUAGUAUUAGGAAACUGUAACUACUCCAUUUCAUCUAGCCUGUAGACUUUCUAAUGACGAAGCUGUGAGAUAAUUAGUUGAAAAUCAUUAAUUUGAUAUCAACAUUUUACUUAAUGAAAAGAGUGCUCUUUAUGAGCUUCUAAGCACAUCAGGCUACCUUGAUUUUAACAUCCUAAAUUAUUUACUAAAAAAGAGAAAGCCAUGCAUUAAUAGUGGAAGUAGAUUGCCACUGAAUUAAGCAGUACUAAGAGGUAACCCCUUCAUUAUAAAAACUUUAAUUGAAUUUGGAAAGCCAAAUCAUUAUGUUAGAGACUUUAAUGGCAAAGCAGCUAUUCACAUUGCAGCCAGUAAAUUAGAUAUGGACACUUUUGAUCUUUUAAUAAAAGCAGGUGCAGAUCCAAUGCUUUCAGACACUAAUGGAAAUUCAAUUCUACAUAUUAUGGCAAUGGGUGCAAUUAAGGAUGCUGAAUACGAUUUUAUAAAAGCUAUAAUCGAGAAAUACAAUAUGAGAUUGACAAGAAAUCAAGAAAACAAGACUCCAUUAAAUAUAAUUAGAAGUUAUUAAUCAAAGCCAAUGUCGUUAAGAGGCUAGCCUAACUAUAAAAAGAAAAUCUGGGAAUAUUUUGAUUAAAAAAUUCUUGAAGAUCCAACAUUCCAAGAUAGUGAUAAAAACGAGGAGAUUCAUGAAGCAGUGAUUAGAGGUAGCUUAGAUGAUUUGAAAUUGAUUCUAGAUAAGCAUGACUUAAAGGAUGGAAAUUCCCUCCCUAAAUAAUACUAGGUUCUAGAACUAAGAAAUUAUGAAGGCAAAAGUGCUAUUAUGCUUUCAAUCGAGCAUGAGAGGGAUGAUAUCACUAAGUAUAUUAUUGAGAACUUUCCUAAUGUUGAUCUUGAUAAGCAGGAUAUCAAAGAUGGUAACUGUUCAAUGCAUACUGCUUGUGUUAAAGAAGACACUCAUAUUGUGUAAUUUAUCUUUGAUAGAAGACCUAGACUCUGUUUAAAACCUAAUUAUUACGGCUAAACUCCAAUUCACAUUGCAACUUAAAGAAAGAAUAUUGCGAUACUCAAGAUAUUCGAAUAAUAUAAAUAAGAGUGCUUAUUGAUGAAAGAUUCUAAUGGAGAAAACCCAUUAUUCUAUGCAGCUCGUGAAGGUGAUAUUGAAGUCUUUUAAUGGUUCUCUGGCCAUCCAGAUUUUUUCAAAGCAAGGGGUGAUCAAAAUUAUAAAGGUUAAACCAUAGAACAUAUUGUCUGUAUUACUUAAAGGAUUGAAAUAGUAGAAGCAAUCAGACCAAGGCCUGACACUAGAGAUUACUAUGGAAAUCUUCCAAUAAUGUAUAGUUUGAUGCAUGAUGAUGUUGAAAUCGUGAAAAGAUAUUUCAAGAAGAGUAGAGAUUAUUUCAACCUGAGAAAUUAUAAGCAUGAGACUAUAUUCCAUAUUGCAGCUAAAUUUAACUCCCUUAACAGCUUGAAGUAGCUUGUAGGUAGAUCAGUAUUUAUAGAAGAAUUAUUAAAGAAGGACUUCAAAGGUGAUACACCUCUUCACUUAGCUGCUAAAAAUGGAAACUAAGAAAUCCUAGAAUUCUUUAUGUCUAAUGUGACUAAAAACUUUAUGGAUAUGCAAAAUGAUUUCAGCUUUAACGUGAUGGAGGCUGUAAGGGAGAAAAUUAGAAUAAUGGAGGAAAACUUACCCUCUGAUGACAAUGAGGAAUAAGACCAACAAAAAGCAGGGAAAAAUUUGUAGAAAAUACAAGUCCUUCAAGGCAUUCUCUAAUUCAUUCAAAAAUUCACCUCUUUUGUUGAUGAGAAUACAUGGAACUAGCAGUUUGAUGUUCCACUUAAUUAGUAUCUCGAACAGAUUGGAGAUCCAAAUCUUAAAGUCUUUAUGGAUAUGCAUAAUAGUGAGCCAAUUCUUAGCACGCAAAGUCCUCAUAGAUAAAAUAACAUUGUAUAAAACUAGGCAGACUAGAUUUGA